CCUGUUUUGCCUCCCCAAUUCUUCUGAUUGUAAUAAAACAAAUUUCUAGGUUUCUCUGCUUCAAGUUCUUCCCAGUUUCUCCAAAUUUUCUUCCGGCGAUCCUGUAUUCAACUAACCAACCAUGAAAGAGAACCAAGAAGGCAGGCAUGGUUGGAAAAUAUGGUACCCAAUAUGGGGCCAGUCUACGGAAGCAGAUUAAGAAGAUGGAAAUCAGUCAGCAUAGCAAAUACUUCUGUGAGUUCUGUGGAAAGUAUGCAGUAAAGAGAAAGGCAGUUGGAAUUUGGGGCUGCAAAGAUUGUGGUAAAGUUAAAGCCGGUGGUGCCUACACUCUCAACACUACUGUGACAGUGAGGAGCACUAUUAGGAGAUUAAGAGAGCAUACUGAAAGUUAAGCCGACCCUUUUUCUUUUAGAUUUCUCUUUGUUCCAGGCAUGGUUAUUUAAGACAAAGUGGAAGUUUUCCUUUUCUCCUCUUCAGAUACUGACCAAUWUCUUGUAAUGGAUUCUAUUGAUCGUCAAUUGAGUUUUGAAUAUUUA